CGUGUGGCUAGCCACCGGGAAAUGGCUUUGGUCAAGGUCACGAGCCACUCUGCUGUCUCCUACCCGAACACAUUAGCCCUGUCAGUUCACAGGGCUGGCCAGCAUGAGUCUGACCAGACAGUCCCAACCUCCUCUUGCUUCAUCUUGCUGCCUUCUGUCCCAUUGACCGCAAUGUAUCCUUUGCUCCCUCCAGUGUUGUGGCUGUGCUGAUUCACGCCAAGCGCCUUCCCUUCUCUGUCCUUUUAGUGGUGGAACACAUGAGUAAAAUACCUAUCCCCUCCAAUGUGUAUACCGCUGUGUGUAUAAUAUGUUACAGGCUGUUCAACGAUUUAGUGAGAGACGCUGCGGGCUAACCAAUUGGCUCAACAUUUCAGUACUGUAAUGAUAUCACAGUGGAGCGUAGCUGGGUUUCUGCGAAGGGUGUCACAUGGAACACAAGCCGACUGGGAGCCCAGCUGGAGAGGGGUUGGCCUUGCCUGUGACCUUUUCUUUUCAGCAGCUGUGGGUGUGACAGUGAAGUGAGUGCAUGCGUCUGUACAGUACAAGUGCGAGAGCCCAACAGGAAAGCAAGCUGGGCAAAUUCACUUUAGUAGUGAGCAUGAGCUUGUAGUCCGCUGAACCCUUCCCCCAUGGCCUGAUCACUGCAGUACAGGGAGGAAGAGGUCCCCAGACAGCCGCUUGGUAGGGGCGCUCAACUCUUGAGGGCACGUGCUCUAGCUUCAUUACAAUGAAAGAUGUGUUUGUGGACUGGAAGCAGAACGCCAACGAGGUGACGGUGAGGCUACGUUGUGGGGAUGGGGUGCACAGUGUGGAGGACGUCUCGACAACCUUCUCCGACACCGACUGUCAGGCCUUCUUCCCAGAUGGCCGUCAUUGGGACUGUCAUCUGCAUGAGGAGAUUGAGGGCUCCUGCAGCAAAGUGCAGUACAAAGAGAAGGGCGGCUUCCUGCAUUUGGUCAUGCACAAGAAGAUCCCCUUUCACUCCUGGCCUUCUCUUAUGCGAACUAAAAGUGAAAAGGAGCCCGUACGCUUGCAGUCCAGGAACGUUAAAGAGCGCCUGCCUGCGGUAAAGCCGGAGACAUCAGUCCCUGUGACGGCGGGCGGGCCCAAGGUGCCCAUCCAGACACCUGCUCCAUCUCCACCCGCACAGAGCGAACAGAGGCGUGGCAAAGGGGAGCGGGGCGUAAAACUCCCCCUGAAGAACAAACUCCCACCAGCAGCAGCGUCCAGGUCGGAGACUGCAGUAGAAGGCCUGACCAAGCCUGUCAGUAAAGGAGCGCUUCCCCGGGAGCCCAGUGCCAAGAGCACAAUUCUCCUCCCCAAGGAGCCCAGCUCAUUAACUCCAUGGGAUACACACCCAAAGUCGACAACCAAUGGAAAACCACACUCCCCCACUCCCACCUGCUGGGAAUCCCAGACCCCUGCAGCUGAUGACAGUCGUGUGGAGCUGCUAGGCAAUGGCCAUGAGAGUCCAGCACCUGAGGCAGCCGUCGGCUGCAGACUCGCCCGGAACAUUCCGGUGCUGGAAGGAAAAACAACCUCUGAGCCUGAUUGCAAGGCUGGGGCAGAGGAGGACAGCAUUGCAGCCACCAGUGUGUCCAGUCCUGGGCGCUGCCUCAACCAAGGGGAGGCUCUGAGGACUGACUCUGAGACAGUAGGUAGGAGGUCCCAGGUAGAGUCUGACCAGGCCACCCUGUCACCAUCCCUGCAGUCAGAACCAGGGGAGGCUGUGGCCGUAACACUCAACAACCUGGAGGAGUCGUCCAGCCAGAUCAGCAAAGAGGAGGAGAAGAUGGACAAAUCUAAAGAUGACCCGCUGGAGAUCAAGCAGGAGGAAGCUGUCCCCGAGCCAAUGGUGAACCUGACGUUUGUGAAGAACGACUCAUACGAGAAAGGGAAUGAUCUAAUGGUGGUGAACGUCUACAUCAAGGGCAUCUGUAGAGAGACGGCCCGUGUGAUCUUCAGGGAACAGGACUUCACCCUCCUCUUCAAGACAAGCGACGCACAUUUUUUGCGCCUUCAUACGGACUGUGGAGCGAAUACCGUGUUCAAGUGGCAAGUCAAGCUUCGGAAUCUGAUCCAGCCUGAGCAAUCUACAUACGCCUUCACCCCGUCUCGUAUAGACAUCACCCUGAAGAAGAGACACAGUCAGCGCUGGGGGGGGCUGGAGGCACCUGCUACACAAGGUGCAGUGGGGGGCGCCAAGGUUGCUGUGCCCUCUGGGCCAUCCACUCAGGCCACUCAGCCGGGCAGCAGCCAGCACACUCUGCCUGCCAAGGACGAGUCCCCUCGGGUGGGGGAGGAGAAACCCAAAACCCCCCGGUCUGAUGAUGGAGGCCUGGACAGUGUGUCGGCCCGCACCGUCUCAGACCAUGUCCCCAUCAAACAGGAACCUGCAGUCACGCCCAAACCCACCUGUAUGGUCCAGCCCAUGUCCCACGCGCCUCCUGCUGUCAGUGAGCGCAGCGUUGAGGAGGACGAGGAGAAGGUUUGUCAUCCAGGCUUCACAGGCUUGGUCAACCUGGGCAACACCUGCUUCAUGAACAGCGUCAUUCAGUCUUUGUCCAACACCCGAGAACUCAGGGACUACUUUCAUGACCGGGCGUUUGAGACAGAGAUCAACUGUAAUAACCCGUUGGGGACGGGUGGGCGGCUGGCCAUUGGGUUCGCUGUGCUGCUGCGGGCUCUGUGGAAGGGGACCCACCAUGCUUUUCAGCCCUCCAAGUUAAAGGCCAUUGUGGCCAGUAAGGCCAGCCAGUUCACAGGCUAUGCGCAGCACGAUGCUCAGGAGUUCAUGGCCUUCCUCCUGGAUGGCCUCCACGAGGACCUGAACCGCAUCCAGAACAAGCCCUACACCGAGACUGUGGACUCAGAUGGACGGCUGGACGAGGUGGGUGAAAUAGAGGUGGUGGCAGAGGAGGCGUGGCAGAGGCACAAGAUGAGGAACGACUCGUUCAUCGUGGACCUAUUUCAGGGCCAGUACAAAUCUAAGCUGGUCUGCCCCGUGUGUUCAAAGGUUUCCAUAACCUUUGACCCCUUCCUCUACCUGCCUGUUCCGCUGCCUCAGAAGCAGAAGGUCCUCACUGUGUUCUACUUUGCUAAAGAGCCUCACAAGAAACCAGUCAAGUUCCUGGUGAGUGUGAGUAAGGAUAACUCGAGCACUGCCGAGGUCCUGGAGUCUAUCUCUCGGAGUGUGAGGGUCAAAGCAGAGAACCUGAGACUGGCGGAGGUGGUGAAGAGUCGCUUGCACAGGAUAUUCCUCCCGUCCCAAUCCCUGGACACAGUCUCCUCCUCAGACAUGCUCUUCUGCUUUGAGGUGCUAUCCAAAGAGCUGGCCAAGGAGAGGGUGGUGCUUCUCCGGGUCCAGCAGAGGCCGCAGGUCCCUAGUAUUCCCAUCUCCAAGUGUGCAGCCUGCCUGAAGCCUCCCCUGUCCGAGGAAGACAAGCUGAAGCGCUGCACUCGAUGUUACCGCGUGGGCUACUGCAACCAGGCUUGCCAGAAAAAUCAUUGGUCCAACCACAAGGUAAUGUGUCGCCCCAACAUGGAGAACGUGGGGCUCCCGUUCCUGGUCAGUGUCCCUGAGUCCAGACUCACCUACGCCCGCCUUUCCCAGCUGCUGGAAGGUUACUCAAGGUAUUCAGUGAAUGUGUUCCAGCCUCCCUUCCAGUCAGGCCGGACGUCCCCUGAGGCCACCCAGUGCCGGGCUGACCUCCCCCCUCCAGCGGAGACGCCUGAAGCCUUGGAGCUUGUGGAUGAGGCCAGGGGCGGUGGGGUGGGGGACGCUGCGCGGGAGGAGCCUGAGUCUCUGUUAGAAACAGCCCAGGCCUCCGCUCCCCCAGCUGGAGACCCAGACAGCCUCUCCACCCGCACCACUGACUCAGGCUUCUCCGAGCCCUGCUCCUGCCUCCACGACCCCCAGGGAGAGAAGGAGACCUGCUGUGAGAAGGCUGUCAGGCCAGAAGCUGCUGUGACAGGCUACCAGCAACCAUCAGAAUGUCCAUCCAGCCACGCCUCUCAGUUCUAUAUCUCUGUCCUUGACUCCAACAGCAAGGAGCAGAAACUAGAGGAAAAGGAAGAUGCUGUUCUUGACCUCCCCGAGGAUGCCACCCUGGAGCUGGUAUGGAAGAACAAUGAGCGCCUGAAGGAAUAUGUGCUUGUCAGGUCCAAGGAGCUGGAGUUUGUGGAAGACCCUGGGUCGGUCAGUGAGACGGCCAGGGCCGGGCACUUCACCCUGGAGCAGUGCCUCAACCUCUUCACCAGGCCUGAGGUGCUCGCCCCGGAAGAGGCAUGGUACUGUCCGAAGUGCCAGCAGCACCGGGAAGCCUCCAAACAGCUGCUGUUGUGGCGUCUCCCCAACGUCCUCAUUAUCCAGCUCAAACGCUUCUCGUUCCGCAGCUUCAUCUGGAGGGACAAGAUCAACGACAUGGUUGACUUCCCCGUCAGGAACCUGGACCUUAGCAAGUUCUGUAUUGGUCAGAAGGACGACAUGGCACAGCCGCCCAUCUAUGACCUCUACGCUGUCAUUAAUCACUACGGGGGAAUGAUCGGAGGUCACUACACGGCAUACGCCCGCCUGCCCAGUGACAAGAACAGCCAGCGCAGUGAUGUCGGCUGGCGUCUGUUUGAUGACAGCACCGUGACCACAGUCCAGGAGAGCCAGGUCGUGACGCGCUACGCCUACGUGCUGUUCUACCGCCGCCGCAGCUCCCCUGUUGAACGGCCGCCCCGCCCCCUGGGGCCUCCCGGGGCCGAGCCCCCCACUACCGCGGGGGCCACCGCCAGCCAGGCCUCUCUAAUAUGGCAGGAACUGGAGGAGGAAGAGGAGGGUCUUGAAGAGGCCCCCCAGGGCCUGUUCCGCACCAGGCUGCGGAGAAGAGCAACCGGGUGGAGGGAGCAGGAAGAGGAGGGGGUGGAGGGGCAGGUCCGAAGGCGACACCGAAGGAACUCUGGUUAUUCUGAUGACGACUGUGUCCGAUAUUUGGUUUUGGGCACCUUGGCUGCUCUGCUAGCGUUGGUCCUGAACCUGCUUUACCCACUUCUCUACAGAGCCAUCUGGCGCUAAAUGGCCAGUUUUAACACAUUUAAAUACACACAUACAAGCCUACACACCAAAAUAAAUGGUAUAUAUUUUUAGGUUAUUCAACUUCUAAUACAGUAUCUGUGCCAGUAUAGGAAUUAUUUUCUUUUUAUUUGUAGAUGGCUCAUGAUAAAAAUGCUGUUGAACACAUUGAAAUGAAGCAACUCAAUAUGCAUCAAUCUAAGCUAUGUAUAAUUAAAAGAAACUAUACAAGUUCAAAUGUAGCUUCUAAGAGUUACUUUGCUCAGCGAAACUUGGCCUGGAUGACCGUUUUUUGGUGUACAUUCUUGUCCAGUAUAAUUAAACGUCAAUCGGCCGUUAACUUGGGUCCCUUUACAUUCUUGUCCAGUAUAAUUAAAUGUCAAGCGGCCAUUAACUUGGGUCCCUUUACUUUCUUGUCCAGUAUAAUUAAACAUCAACCGGCCAUUAACUUGGGUCCCUUUACAUUCUAGUUCAGUGUGCUUAACUGUUAACCAGCCAUGAACUUCGAUCACUCUACCGUGUACUUAAGCAGCAGCAAGUCUUUAACUUGGGUCCCUCUAGAGUCUAUGUCUGUAUACUUCAAUGUCAACAGGUCUUUCACAUAUCCUCCCCUUAUUGAUGUGUCUCAGUAUGUAGGUUUUUGGUGUUCAUUUGAUGUGCUUGUUUAGAAACGGAUAGACCAAAGUGAUGUUGCUGAGAUGACUUGAACUGGGGCUAUAUUUCUAGGGUGUAGUCCUACUGUAGUAGUGUUGUGGCUGGGAAGUAUACUACUGCUCACUCACAGAUAAUGUACGUUGUGUUUUAGCACCACCCCAGUGAUUGUAUGAUGGGCAUAUCUGCCUGUACAGUCUACUGUAGGCUGAAGACAGUUCAAAUGUAUUUUUGCCUUCUAAAUGAGUGGUUUUCAGACUCACUGUAAAGUAUUGUCAGCCUUUUCUUUUCACUGUUUGUAGUGUUUUUAUUUAUUUUAUGUCAGCAGCUCUAAAAUGGCUAGUUUGAGAUUUAGCAAUGAAGCCUUCCUUCGAGUCAGAUGAACUCGUGCAUACCAUUACUUGUUUGCGCAGUUGCUAGCUAGCA